UGUAAACAUUAACGUGUAACCCACACGCGCGCGCGCGCGCGCGCACCGUGGCGUGUGUACCAGCGGGUCUUCCGUUAUGAAUGCUUAUAACAGAGGUGCACCGGGCGUAUCGGGGAAUGCCUUUGAUUGCUGGGUUCAAAAGUCUAUGCAUGACGAUUCCGCCAUCACAAAGAUGCAAUACCAAUUCUGGGUGAGAAAGCAGGCUCUGUCCCAGAAAUUAGGGAAGAAGGAGGACGAGUGUAUAGUCGCUUCGGAUGCUGAGCUGGACGCUAAGCUAGAAUUGUUCCGCAGUAUCCAAGAUUCCUGUUCCUACUUACAAAGGGUUAUUGAUAAAUACCAAGAAAGAUUAUGCAAUUUAGCCCAGGAGGAAAAUGGAAUGGGACGUUUCUUGAAAGAUGCCGGGAAGCAAGACAAAACUCGCGCCGGCAAGAUGAUGUCAGCGGUUGGCAAAUCCCUAUCUUACUCCGGUCAGCAGAGGCUCGCAUUGAGAGCUCCCCUGGGCCGAUUGUAUCAAGAGGUGGAAACAUUUAGGCAAAGAGCUAUCGAAGACACAUUACAGAAUGUGCAAGCGAUGGAAAAGGCCCGUACGGAGUACCGAGCUGCUCUGUCAUGGAUGAAAAAUAUUUCUCACGAUUUAGAUCCAGAUACGUCCAAACAACUGGAAAAAUAUAAAAAAGUUCAAGCGCGUGUCAAGCAGGGCAAAAUAGUUUUUGACAAUCUGGCUCUUGACUGUCUUCAAAAGGUUGAUUUGCUAGCGGCGGCAAGAUGUAACAUGUUCAGUCAUGCCUUAGUUUUGUACCAAACCACACUCUUGAAUUUCACCAAGAAGUCUGCACAAGCGUACUCCACAAUAGCCAACAGCUUCAAAGGCUAUCAACGCUACGACUUCACGGUUGUGCGUGAGCUGGCUGAAACCUCCAGUAAAUUGGCGCAGGAAACUGGUGGUGACGACGAUUUAGAGGACAAGGAUAAAUUACACUUUUUCGACAUGGACUAUCAUGACGACAUUGAGGAGGCGCAAGAGGCUACCUCAAAUUCGGAAGGCACGUCGGAGAAAAGUAAGAAAGAUGAGAAGCUCUUGGACAUUGAGACCGAGCCGAAAGACACGCUGAUACAUUUGGACACGAGCACAGAUUCCUCGAGAAACGGAAUCGUGCACAGUACCAACGACACAGAGAACGACAAAAGUCUCGAGGAAUUUUUCGGAAGCCUCAUCCUCGAGAAAGAUACGUCCAAUAGUACUAAACAAUCGGCCAGUAAAACCGAGAAAACUAAUCACAUCGUAUUCGACAAGAGCUCCGAGGAACAGAAAUCGGUAUUGGAUAUAUUCGAGGAGUGCAGUACCGAUUUUAAUUUGGCUGAUUUGUCCACCCUGCCGUCGGAGCCGCAACAGCAACAAUCGUUAAAUUUAUUGGCCUCCGAAAGCGCGGCGCUUCUCGACGAAAUCCUGAACGACAAGCAACAGUGCACAAACAAUGACUGGGAGGGCAUAUCGCACGAUACUUUUCUGCCGCCGAACAUUCUGAAACAGAGUCUGGGAGAUGCGGCGCUCGGUAUGGGACAGAAGAGUACAGCUGGCAACACGGACGACAAAAAAAAGAAUAAGACUGGAAAGCAGAAAGGUAACUCGUGGUUGGAUUUAUUCGCAGAAUUGGACCCAUUGGCUAACAAUCCAAUGGAGAAUCUUUCCGGUGAUAGUAAUGCUUCUGCUUAAUUCAUAAUGCAUUUUCAAUAGUAUCGCCCCUGUCACUUGACAUUUGUAACAAUAAGGAGAACCUAUCGAUCGAGCUAUCGUUUGUCAUCCAAUGAGCGAUACGGUGAGCGCGUAGCUCACAGUAUUUUCAUGUCAUAUACGUUUGUAAUCAGUGAUUACCCAGUUUGUAAACUUUUAAAAUCUAACAUUCCAGAUUUAUUUUUAAUGGAAUCGUCAUAAGAAUCAAAAAAAUCGUUUGAAUUACAUAAUUUUUCAUAUAAGCUAAAAACAGA